AUGCAGAUCAUGCCAAAUCACCACCUAGAACUUCGAAAUAAGGAUGGGUCGUUGAUGGCAUUUGUAUCUACUGCACUUCCCACCCACAUACGUGCUUCUCUGGAAGUCAAUUUACUGGCUGCACUCGGAAAUGCAGACUUGCUUGGAGAUAUGGAUAUGCGCUUGCCUGAAGGUAGACCUUUCCAGGCUAUGCACCUCUCUUGGUACAAUCGCCAUUGUACAUCGGGCCUUAACACUCCAACAGACAUUCAACUUUGGUUAUUAGAGAAGGAAGGAAUGUGCACAAACCAUGGUCAAGUUAUUCCCUACAUAUCCCAGGACUUACAGCAGCACAGACUCAUAUACGGAACAAUCUCAAAGGUGUACGGGGAGUUAUUUGAGUGGAUAAAACAGUUGAUGGAGAAUUACCUACAAGGAGAGUUUGAAAUACUGAUGGAAGUCACCUCCAUUUUGCCUGGCAAUGCUCUUCCGCCCAUUAUUCCUUUCAUUUCUCUGGUGAUCAACAUCAAUGUUCACACCAAAGCUCAUAGAGACAGUGGUGAUCGUCAUCUAUGUUUGGUAAUACCUAUUGGACACUUUGAGGGGGGGGGGUUGUGCUUAUUGGAGAAUGGGCUAGUUCUGGAGUUGCGCAAUGGUGACAUAGCUAUCUUCAGAUCUAGUGAGGUAACCCAUUUUAACCUAGACUAUAGUCUAGCUAAUAGAAGUUAA